AUGAUGACAGCUGCUGUGCCACAAAUGCACAGACUGUUGAUUCUCUGUGUGGUUCUGAUCACUGCAGCUGCAGAGGACGUUCCUUGUCCAAAAGGUGGUCGGAUCUACCUGACCAAUCGGCGAUGCUAUUGGCUCUCAGAGAGGACAUCUUCAUGGCCUGAGGCUCAGGAUUCAUGUAGAGAGACUGCGGGAGGAGACCUGGCAUGUGCUGACAGCCUGGAGCUACAGAACUUCAUCCAUUACUCAUUGCCAGUGAAAACUACCGUGUGGGUAUGGCUGAAGAGACUGGGGGGAGAUGGGUCUGACCAGGUUGAGGGGCUGGUGAGUCCUGCACGGUGGAGCGGAGACAGUGAGAGGCAGAGGGGGUGUGCUCAGAUGGCCUUGGGGACACAGGGACAGUGGAGGAAGGCUCAGUGUGCUGGACGUUACCUCUUCCUCUGUGAAAAAGAAGUAACUGAGUCUCUGCCAUCUGAGGACAGUUACCUGACUGGACUGGUUCUCUUGACCGGAAUCUAUGCUCAGACCAACGUACACCCCCUACCCUCUGUCCCAGACACCGGACAACUUCCAGUGGAGAUGCAGCUGUUCCCGGGAAUGUGGUUCAGUCAUGCAGGUCGGUUGGUAUCAGUGGAGCUGGUGGUUCAGCCCAGCCCUGUGUCUUCUCUGGCUCGUGUCCAGAUCCUCCGACCCUACUGCAACCCCAACCACCAUCUCGUACCUCCAGGUUGCAGCUCUCUUCUUAAUCCAUUCAGCUGCUGCUCAGCAGUACCACUGUGUAACACCACAGGAGGCUGCAGCAUGGGCCAGUACUGGUGCCACCUGUUGGAGGCCUGUGUGCCCACCAGCAGUCCCUGCAGCCCUUUCGACUCUGCAGCAGAGGGCCGUGCUUUUGUUUUACCUCCCAGAUACCUUGCAAUGCCACCCUUCUACCACCUGGUGGCAGACCUGCCUCUGAGGACAAACCCGAGUUCUGAACUAAAAACUAUAAGCCUGCUUCUUCCAGAUCAAGCAAUUAUGGUGUACCCUGAUGAUAUUGUGGCUAUACAACACACUCGAGACUUUGGAACAUUUCUACAUUGCCUUAACAGUGAAGCCUCUCUAAACUCACCCUGGCGCCAAAGUUACAUGUCCCUUAGGAGGACAGAGUGGGGAGGCUGGUGGGAAGGAGGCCUCACUUCACUGCCCAAAGGUGGCCAGUGGGUGGACGGAGUGGUAUGUGAUCUGAGGAUGGUGUACGAGGACAAUCUUCACAGAGGUACUGAGCACGAUUAUAACUUUGGCUUUACCCAAAGAGAAACAACCACAGCUCCAGAUAAUUGGGCCCUGACAACUCAGAGUCUGAGAUCUCUUAACUUUGGGAUUAACGUUAUCCACCCUCUGCCGGAUGAAAAGAACCAGAUUCAUGUCCAAAUCAACGUCCCAACAAUCAUUGUUGUCAAGAUGCUUUCUGGAGAGAAAGUAAGAAGCUCAUGGUCAGCACCAGUUCUCCAGACUGGGGUCCCCUUCCUUCCAUCUUGCCCUGAAGAGAUUGCGCAGUCUUGGCCUGGCUGUAAGAGGCAGUCCCAUGAUGCCUGGUUCUCCUCUGUGACCUUAGUGUUGCCCUCAGUGGGGAUUCAAACACUGACCAUAAGUGUGAUGGAUGCAGUAAGCUCUCAAAGUGUGAGUUUGAGGGUUUGUGGCUACACGGCAGUGACAGGGCUAAGUGUUGAGCCACGUGGAUGCCGGAGGACCCUCGUUGACACACCGCAGUCAUUUAUAGCCAAAGUGGAGAGCGGUUCUUCAGUAAAAUUCACAUGGGUGAUUGACGACCUGGAGAAGUUUGCCCAUGAAGGAGAAUCUUACAGUGUACUGUUCAAGAAACCUGCUGAGUAUAAGCUCAAGGUGACAGCCUCCAACCCUGUGAGCUUCCAGAGCCAACAGAUCCUCCUGAGAGCAGACAAAAUGACCCCACUGGCUGAACCAGAGUUCCUGUUCAUCAAGAAGGUCAUAGCUGUGGGUGCUGCACACUUAUACAUCCUAAAGGUCAAAGUGGACAUCUCCCUUCCAGUCACCUUCAGAUGGGAUUUCGGGGAUGGCAGCAGGGCGGUGAUCAACACCCAGUCUGCUCCAUGUCAAACCAGGGAAUGGCUUAUGGAAAGAGGAGGGAAGCAAGUGUACGUCCAGGAUUCAGUGAACUAUACCUUUGCAGUCCCAGAUAACUACACACUUCAUGUCCAAGUCUCCAACCAAUAUGACAACACUGAUGCGUCCAUUAGGAUAAGCGCCCGCCCUCAGUUAAAUGACCUCCUCAUUUCCUCUUCCCUUCCUGUGCCCCUCGUCAACCAGACGCUCUUUCUGGAAACUUCCGUAGAGCCCUCCACCUACGCUGUCAUUUACACUUGGAGCUUCGGCGACGGCUCUGAAGCUGUCCGAGGCAUCCACCAUAAAGUCAACCACACUUUUACAUCUGCAGGACUCUACAACAUCACAGUGUGUGCCAACAACACUCUUACAGUCCUGACCACCUGGCUUAUGGUGGAAGUUAUGGAAAAAAUCUCUGGAUUAACGGUCAGGUACGAUGGACCCAGUGAACUAAACUCUGCUACAGGUUUCAUAGCAACAGUGACCAAUGGUACGAGUCUCAUGUGGAAUUAUGACUUUGGCGAUGGGUUCAUGAUUGGAAACCUUACAGAUGGUUCCAUUUCCCACAUCUAUAAGUCGCCAGGGAACUAUACAGUACAUCUAUCCGUCACAAACUCAGUCAGCCAAGCUCAUCAGUCUAUCAUUGUAGAGAUCUAUAGGCUGGCUGUUAGUGGAGUUCUCCCUACAGGAUGCAUCAUGAGUGGAAGAGACAUACAGUUUACUGCUCUGGUAAACGGGAACAUAUCCAUUCUGACUUUCCAUUGGCUGUUUGAGGAUGGAUCACCUCUGACUGUAGUGAGAGGGCAGUCAACCAUAAAGCACAAAUUUCAAAGUCAAGGGUUUUGUCAUAUUAGCAUGACAGUGUUUAGUUCUUUCACAUCUGUAUCAUUUAACGCAAGUAUCUGGGUUGAAGCACCAAUAAGUGACAUGACAGUUAAAUCAUCACAGGAAGCAGUCGCAGUAGGAGAAGAAGUAUGCUUCAUGGUGUUAGUUUCCCCUGUUCAGACGAGAGGUUACCAAUUUAAGUGGUUUUACAACUCCUCUAGGCUCAUUUCCGUGACAGACAAUGCUCACAAGUGUUUCGUCUUUCAAGAUGAAGGUGUUGAAGAGGUAUCCGUAACAGCAAGUAACAAAGUCAGCAACAAAACGGCCAGAGCUAAAAUCGCUGUUCAGAAACCUGUAAGUAAGCUAUCUGUGGCACAUGACAGCCAAAGUGGCACACUGACAGUCAAUACAUUAGCAUCAUUUUGGGUUGCUAGUUGCACUGGCAGCAAUGUAUCAGUCCUUUGGGACUUUGGAGAUGGAUCUCCCAUGGAGCAGACGCAAAACACGUCACACAUCUUUAUCUCAACAGGUCAGUUCACAGUCACCACCACAGCAUUUAAUGCUGUUAGUCGUGAUUCUGUGACCAUUAUUGUGAAUGUUUUACUUCCUAUUUCGGACCUUUUGCUUCACACCAAUGAGCCAUAUGCUGUAGUAGGAGAAGAAAUUCUUAUCUCAGCAAUUAGCAGUGCCAUCAGUAGCACUAAUUACUACUGGACUGUGGAUGGAAUGACCUCAACCAAACUGGGGACGUAUCAGUUUAGAUAUACUUUCCUGAAACCAGGAGUGUAUCAAGUGAAGGUUGUAGCGCAAAACCUGGUGAGUAGAAAGGAGGCAUCUAUUGUAAUUGAGGUCUUUGAAAGAAUAGAGGGUCUUAAGAUUGCAUGUCAGUCCCUGACAAACAUGAAAUACGUACCAACGCAAGAAGAACUGAUGUUUAUGGCUUUAGUCACCAAAGGCUCCAAUGUCACUUAUCACUGGCUUGCUACACAGAGUGUGAUUAACCAACAAAUGACUGCUGAUGGAGAGCUUUUUUAUAUGUUAGCUGAAACUCCUGGCAGAAUUUCAGUUCAGCUAAGAGCUUCAAACAAGUUGGGUGAGGCCACAAGUGUUGUUUCUUUAGUGGCGGUUCAGCGUGUAACAGGCGCUCGCAUUACAACACAAUCAAACAUUGUGGCAUUAGGGAAAUUAGUGAAUAUCUCUGUAUCUGUGGAUACUGGCUCAGACCUUCAGUACCUUUGGUACAUGAAAUCUGAUUUUUCACCCCUGGAAACACAUGUGCCCUUUCUCCUUCAUACUUUUACAAGUGUUGGUGAUUUUCUUCUUAGAGUUUCAGUUCAGAAUGCCCUCAGCCACAGCAAUGUCACCAAAGAGUUUAACAUUCAGGAGGAGGUCCAAGACGUGGACUUUGAAAUUGAAGGCAAGACUCAUCCAUUUUAUAUCACUGCAAGUGCUGCUGUUCAACUCCAUGGGGUUAUUCUGAAGGGCAAUGAUCUGCAGUGGAACUGGGUAGUUAAAGGUGCUGUGCUUUUCAGUGCUACUAAUCAGACUUUUAUCCACACUUUUCCACAUGCAGGCAUCUAUCAGGUGUUUUUGAAUGUCUCCAAUGGGAUUAAUUGGCAUAUGGUUUCACACAGUGUGACAGUUGAGGAUGCAAUCGAAGGUCUAAUGCUGAACAUCUCCAAGUCUUCUUUCUGCACUGAGGAACCAGUUACUUUUAUUCCAAGAAUCUCCAAAGGAAGCAAUGUAAGCUUUGUUAUAACAUUUAGAAACAACGACUGGAUUCACAGACAGGGCAUCCUCGAAGGGCAGUACACCACUGAAAGCCUUCCAGCAGGGACACAUUUAGUAACAGUAAAAGCUUUGAAUCAGGUCAGUAGUGCUGAGGUGUUUUCAAGCAUUCUGGUCACUGAGCAUAUUCAAGGUUUGCGACUUGUGAACUGUUGUUCUGCUGCUCUGGAGGCUCUAAAAGGUCUCAAGUUCAAGGCAGAAGUUCAGAGUGGACUUCCAGUUCAGUACACCUGGAUUUUUCAGCUCGAGGGGUCUAAGGCCACCAGGCUCAUGGGGCAAGAAGUGAUCUUUACUCCACCAGAGAGUGGUUCAUUGUCUAUUAGCGUGCUUUCCACUAAUGGAAUCUGCUCCAAGACUCUAAAUGAUACUGCCACAGUUCAGUGGCCUGUUAAGAAAGUGAAGCUUGUCUGUCAUUCAGAAAGAAUAUUUGUUGGACAUGCUGUCUCUUUUUCUGCAAAAGAGAAUGGAGGGAGCAAUCUCAGGUACCACUGGGACUUCGGAGACUCAACUGAAGCUUUGGUUACAGACUUGAGCAUUGUCGAUCAUAUUUAUAAUACUCCUGGGAAAUACAGUGUUACACUCAAAGUUCUCAACAGUGUGAGCCAUGUAUUCGCACGGCUAAACACGGAGGUGGAGCAGCUCCAGUGUUCCAGCCCUCAAGCUUCUCUUGUCCAGAGCCAGUCUACAAUCUUCAGGUCUAGACCGAGUUUCUUUGAAGCAAGGAUGGACAUUAACUGCUCUACUUACAAAGCCAGAUACCUAUGGGAGAUACUCAAAGAUUCAGAUUGCACCAACUCAGAAUUCUCUUUUAACAAAGUCAUCCAUAGAAAUCAAUUAGAUGCAACUUCACCUCUUCUCUUUCUCCCAAAGCACACUCUCGAUAUUGGAAAAUAUUGCCUGGUAUUCACCGUUUCACUCCAAGGAACUCCUCUUUUUGUCCAACGAAAAACUAGCGUUACAGUGGUCCACUCCCCGCUUGCAGCUGUCAUAAAGGGAGGAUCACACAGAAUGUGGCCUAGCCUCAGUGACCUCAUCUUGGAUGGAUCUGAGUCCAAGGACCCUGACAUAGAGCCAGGAGUGGUGGAUAUGCUGCACUAUCACUGGACCUUCCUGACAGUGACCUCAACAGAGUCUCAUUUUGCAAAGCAGUGGCAGGGGAAUAACAGCAGCAGAAUGACAAUACUCAGCUCUCAGCUGAACCCAGGCACAGUUUACGUUAUCACCCUCACUGUACACAAAGAGGGGAGGAGACCUGCCUCAGUCAACCAGACAGUGACUGUGUGUGAAGCUCCUGUGCUUUCUGUCAUUGUGGAGUGUGUCUCCUGCUCUUUCUCGUCAUCCCCUCACCACAGCAGCUACACCAGCCCCGUCAUCCUCGCAGGACAAUGUGCACAGUGCGACGACCAGGCUCAGUACAAAUGGAGAGCUGAGGACCAGACUGGCAUGACCCUUGACCUAAAUGAGGUUACCACCUCUACAGGGAGACAUUCUCCUAACCUGGUGGUGCGUUCAGGUGUCCUACAGCUAGGGCAGAGUUACACCUUCACACUCAAUGUAACCCAGCCCGGCAGAGGGCAGUGGGGCAGUGCCAGCCUGACGAUACUACCCAACAAUCCACCGCAUGGAGGCCUGUGUGAUCUCAGUCCAGAGUCAGAUAUACGUCUGCUGGAGACAGUGGUCACCUACAACUGCUCAGGGUGGCAAGAUGAUGACAGCGUGGCCUCUCAGCUGAUCUAUUCUUUCCAGGCAGCACCAUGCCAGCCUGUUGGCAAAGUGUGCCCUCUGCUCACUCUGUACAGAGGUACUCGUUCAACAUUUGGCAGUGUGGUUCCACUGGGGAGUCCUGGGCAAGAGAGAAGCAUGUCAGUAAUAACAGUUACAUUGCUGGUAGAAGACGACCUGGGGGCAAAGGUCAUUGCAUUGAAAAGAGUGUUGAUUGUUCAAAGUCCUGCAAGGGAUGAAUUUACCAGUCAGUGGCUCAGACACAAGAGCCAGACAGAGCUGUGGGCUUUGGUCCAACAUGGCAACCCUCAGGAAAUCAUCCCUUAUUCCAUCGCUCUCACCAGCCAGCUCAAUCAGAUGGAGUCUGGACAAACUGCCAAGGAGCUCGUGGACACGAGGGAGAUCCGGGAAAAUGUGACCCAGGCGCUGGCCUCUCUUCUUGUGUCGUCGGUGCAUGAUGUUGAUCAAAUCAGCUCAGCUUUGUCACAGUCUACUGCCGUUCCCAGAGAAUUGGUAUGUGAAAAGUGCCAGGAGAAAAUUCUGGAAGCUGUGGGGAAGAUGAUCCAUGUCAUGGAAGAACAAAUGAGUCCUACUGUUUUGUCCACUGUGGAAACAGGACGAAAUAUCCUUAACAUCAUAGGUAACACCCUGGCAGCUGUGUCUGCUUCCAGUUCUCACCCAGACUUGUCAAGCACUCUGCAGUCAGCUUCCAAACUCACCCUGUCAGCGCUGGGUCACGCAGGUGCCCUAAUGCGCUCUCUGAUUCAUUCACGUGUUCAUGGUGAGGCACCCCUUUCACUCUCCACUGAUUAUAUCAACACUGUGGGUUUCCAUGGAGACCCCUCCGAUCUUCUCUGCACUCACCAGUCCAACCAAAACCAGAUCGUCUCCUCCAAGUCAGCUGAUGAAUCCAAGAGUUCUCGCCCAUGUCCGUUUCAUAUCCCCGCCUCCCUCGCUGCUCACCUGAAGAGUCAGAAGUCUGAGGUGGUGCAGGUGCUUUUUGAUAUGGAUGCAGAGAUGCUAUCCAACCCACUGCUGAAUGCAGCCGACCCUCCGAUUUCCACUGCUCUAGUUGCCAUGGAGCUCACCACGCCUCAGGGCCAACCCAUACCCAUUCAGGAUUUGGACCCCAAGCAGGCCAUACAUGUCACCCUCCCCAACAAGUCCCCUGUGAGACAGGACAAUGGGGUUGGAGAUGAAGCUGGGAAUGGGACAUGUCUUACUGUGACACUCCCCACUGAAGGAAGGUUAAACCUCACAGUCAAAGCUGUGGAUGGAUUGGAUGAAAACGCAGGUUUAUAUCUCUCCUUCAACUUCAGCCUGGAACCAGGAGCUACUCCAGUGAGUCUGGGACAUGUCAAGAUAGAAGUGAGCUCUACAGUGCCGGGGACUAAUGCAUCCCAGGAUUCCCUAGUGAGAAAGUGGGCUCUCACCCUUUCUAAUCCGACCACCUCCUCAGAGGAAACCAUAUUUCUGUCUCCACUUUUAGGCGGUAUGGACAAGCCUCUCUCGGUCAACCUGACCUCGUCUCUCGUGGACGGAGGUCCUGUCCGUGUGUCCGUGUGUGUGUUCAGCUCUCUCUGCCAGUACUACAGUGUGAAGGAGAGGCGUUGGAGCAGUGAGGGACUGCAGCCAAUGGAGGGCAGCACGCUCCACACAGCACGCUGUCUCACCCAGCACCUCACCAUGUUCGGGGCCAGUUUGUUUGUGCAUCCCGGGGCCGUUGUGCUGCUGCCACCGCCAGGCGGUCCCAUGCGGAACAUGGUUGUGGGGAUUGUGUGUGCUGUCCUGGUUCUGAUUCACCUGCUGGUGGGCCUCAUUGCCCAUAAACUGGACCACUUGGACAGCAUGAGACUAAGCCAGGUCCCUCUGUGUGGCCAAGCAGGGUUGUACCACUACAGAGUGCUGGUCAAGACUGGCUGGAGGCAAGGAGCAGGCACCACAGCACACGUUGGCAUCAGCCUGUAUGGUGUGACCAAGAGCGGCUCCCGCCAUCUGCAGAGGCAUGGAGCGUUUCAGCGUGGCAGCCUGGACCAGUUUCACUUGGAGACAGACGACAACCUGGGAGAAGUUUGGAAAAUUCGCAUCUGGCAUGAUAAUACCGGUCUGGACCCGUCCUGGUACGUUCAGCAUGUGGUGGUUUGGGACCCUCAGACAGAUCACAUGUUCUUCUUCCUGCUGGAGGACUGGCUCUCUGUGGAGAAUCACAAGAACGGCUCUGUGGAGAAGGAGGUUCUAGCCUCAUGUCCUGAGGAGCUUUCGCAGUUUCGACGGGUGUUCAUCUCCCAGCUGGCGUUUGGGAUGGUCGAGCACCACCUGUGGCUGUCGCUGUGGGAACGCCCGGCUCACAGCCGUUUCACCAGGGGUCAGAGGGUGACAUGCAGCGCCCUCAUGCUGCACCUCUACCUGGCACUGGCUGCUCUGUGGUACGGAGCUGUUAGUACCGAGGGGCACAGUGGACCAGUCUCAGCCCAGCUGCUGCUUAACAUGGAGGCGGUUGCCAUGGGGAUGACUGUUGCGGUGCUGGUGUUUCCCCUCCAGUGCUUCCUCUGUUUCCUGUUCAGAAAAUCUCACAGCCAGGUAACUGUGGACAUGUCAGUUCCUCCUUCACCUGUUUGUCACUCUGUGGAGAUGGAUGUCUACCUUGGCCAGUCAGAGCUCUCCGGCCCUUCUUUCCUGUCUCUGCCUGACACCUCUGGCCCAGUGCGAGACAGUCCUUCAUCUUUACUGGACAGCAAGGCGUUUGACUCCAGUAUUCUGGACUUUUGGGCUGUGUCUGGCUUGGCACCCCAGACGGAUGGUGGAGCACAUGAAGUGGAGGGCAUAGGGACAUGGCUGUCCUGUGACAGCCUCCUCAAUCUACCUGUAGGCCUCACCGAGAAGACUCUAGCUUCUGACCUCUGCCAGGCUUCACCUGGUUUUGGUCCUGCACGCCAGCUGAAGAGAAAAAAAGCCCUGAUACAGCUCCGGCUGGCCUCACACUCCUCCACUGGCUCCCCUUCUGCUUUAUCCUCUCCCUUGUGCGCUUAUCCCCUUUCAAAAGACAUUUCCAGUUCUCACCAGUCCCCUCCUGCACCGGAAAAAACUGUCUCCACCAUGAACACCAACUUAGUGCAAGCUCCUAAACAUAAUCUGCCUACACUUCUGACUCUGUCAGAGGAGGAUCUACUGAUGUCUAUAGCAGCAGCAGAGGACACAGCAGAUAUAACUAACAGCAACUCAGACAGCGGCCGGGAUUCCCCCAGAACCACCUCCUCAAUCUCAACCACCCAGAGCACCUCCUGUAGCAGCUGGUCAGAGGAGAGUGAGGAGAAGUCUCUGUUCGGUGCAGAUUUCCAUAAGCCAGAUCCACAGUCCUGUCCCUCUUUGUAUGGUGCAGGACUCUACAAGUGUCCCUCAGUGCUGUCUGUGGACUCUGUGGCCAGCACCUUCCUGCCAAGCCCUUCUCCUGACUCCACACGCUCCUCCUCCACCACACGUAUAGGCGUUGCUCGAGGUCAGCCCAGCUGGCUGCUCCCUCCCUGGACACUGUGUGUGAUUUACCCCCUGGUGGCUGUGCUGCUAGGAGCAUGCCUGGCCGUGGUUGGACUCUAUGGCAGCUCCCUGUCCAGAACAGUCGUCCUCAUGUGGCUGGUGUCGGCCUUCUCUGCAUUUCUCACCUCUGCUCUGUUGCUGGAACCUCUCAAGGUGUGUGUCCAGGCCUUGAUCUGCACAGUGCUGUGGAGGCCAGUGGAUCCAGAGGUGGAGGACCAUCUGGCUCAGGAGACCACCGUGGUGAGGGCUUUUGGAGAGCAUGUCGGAAAGGUGCGGCCACCGUGUGGCUACGGGCUGCUGCAGGCUAGAGAGGAGGCACGCAAAGUCCGAGCACUGCGGUCACUCAUGAGGCACUGUGUGUGUCAGCUGUUGUUUCUGUUGCUGGUGCUAAUGGUGAACUACCAGGACGGCACAGAGCAGAGACAGGGCCGGCUGCUGCACUCUGCUGUCAGACAGCGUCUUCACACAGCACCCUUGGGGGUCCCUAACCUCACUUCACUCAGAGACUGGUCAGACGCAGAGCAGUGGAUCAACCACACCUUGGUGCCACAUCUACACCAAAACCCAUCACUGCGACUUGUUGGAUCAUCACGGCUGCAGUACACACACACUCUGAGUCCUCCAACAAGUGUCUUUCUGGACAACAGGAGCGUGACAACACUCCAGCUCCUAGCUGACUUGCAAAUGGCAGAUUGGGGCAAGAAACAGUUUAAAACUCUUUCAAUCGACUUCACACACUACCACAGAGAGUCUGGUUUAUUUGUGUGUGUGUCCAUACAACUAGAGUGGGCUCAGACACAGAAAAUCACACCCUCUCUCUCCAUCCAUCCACUCCUCAUCCCUUCAUCCUUCUCUGGACCCGACCUGCAGGUGGCACUUACGGUUCUCCUCCUCAUGUGUGCUCUCCUCAUCUUGUUUGGAGAGCUGUGGUCCAUGGCUACUGAGCGCGCCCAGUAUCUGCAUCAAUGCAGACACUGGGUCCAGCUUCUCCAGGCGUUGUUGUCCCUGGCAACGGCUAUCCUGCAGUUCUGCUUCCUGUCUCAGGCCACUUGCUGUGUUUUCAAGCUUCGAUCCCAACCAGACAGCUUCAUCAACUUUCACAGAGCUGCCCUUCUGGCACAGAAGUGUUCUCAGUGUGCGGCUGUCCUGCUCACUCUGCUUGUUCUAAAGCUGCUGGGAACCUUGAGGUUUGUUCGGAGGUGGGUGGUGUUAGGCAGAGUGCUGCAGAGAGCCUGGAGGGAGCUGUGGGCUCUGACUGUCCUGCUGCUAUUGCUGCUGCUGCUCUGCACUCACCUCGGACACAUGCUCUUUUCCCAUUCAGUGGAGGGUUUCCUGUCAGUUCGUCAGACAGCUGUCUCAGUGCUGUCCAUCCUGCGAGGCCGGCUGGCUCUUCAACAACUGUGUAGGGUCCAUCCAGUCCUGGGGCCUGUCUAUGGGCUGCUGCUGAUCGGGGGAGGUGUUUGGUUCCUGGCCAGACUCUGUGGAGCUGUUCUCAUCCGUACAUACAGGGCAGAGCAAGCUGAGCUGUACCAUCCAACCAUUGAACCACAGGACUAUGAGAUGGUAGAGUUCCUAAUAAAAAGACUCAAGCUGUGGAUGGGACUCACCAAAGCUAAAGAAUUCAGGCACAGGGUGAAGUUCGAAGGUAUGGAAAUCCCUCCUUCCAGGUCCUCACAGGAGUCCCAUCUAUCCACGCUGUCUUCAACCCUCCCCUCAUCCCACUCUCCUUCUCUGUCCUCUUCAUUUUCAUCCCCUCGUCCCAUGUCCUCAGCUCUCUCUAUGAGGUCUGAGGACUCGUCAGUGUCCGAGCCUGGGUUCGAUGUUCAGCCCUACUUGGACCGCCUGUUGCCCUGCGUCAGUGCAAUGCUAUCUCGUUUUGAUCAGGUCAAUCAGAUAACUGAGGAUGUUUACAACCUGGAAAUGAAACUGGAAGAAGCGCAGACAAGGAGGAGGAAGUGGGUCAGUAAUAACGGCAAAGGUGCAGAAAGAUUUGACGAGUCAGCAAAGCCAAUGGAACUGGAGGAAGAAGGAAGAGAUAUUAGAGAAGUGAGACACAGGAGGACAGGCCUUAUUUACCCCAAGCCACGAGUCUCCCUUCCAUCCUCGUUCUCUUGCACUCCUUCUAUAUUUCACUCCUCCACUGCAUCGAUCAGCAUCUAUCCCCGUACACGUAGUACCCACUCUGAGUCUGACUCUGUACCAUUCCAGCCUCCGGCAUCAACCAACAACCACAUUUCUGAAGUCACUAAGCUUGCAUCUGGAAUCAGUGGUUUAUAUCCUGCAGGUGAACCUGGAUGUGGCAGGUUCCCCAGGAGAAGAGCUUGGCAUUCUGGGAGCUCUCAUUCAGCUGAUGCAGCUCAGAGGAUCUUCCAGGCCCAAGCUGGCAUUGCUCCAUGUGGCAAUGGAGGAGAAUAUUUAGCAUUCAGUAAAACCAGACCCAGGAGUGAAGUCAGUAACACGAGACCCAGGAGUGAAGAUGGGAUAAGAGAGCAUGUCAGUGAUGGAGUCCCUGUGAAGAGGAAAGCUUGGACUGAGCAAGAGUGA